UCUGCUAUCCGCCGGGGCGCGCGUGUCCGAAUGUUUUAUUCUUUUUCAUGAAACCUGUGUCAUUGUUUAGAGGUUAUAGUGAGUCUUGCAAAAAGAACAGAUGUCGCUGGAGCAGAGUGAUCGUUGCAAAUCCACGGCCUCUGGGUGUGUCAUGCUUCCGCUUCCGUCCCCUAACUGCUCAACCAAACUUCCUCCUUUUACAUCGUCUGAUGGCCUCUGGUCUUGGACAAUCGACUUGCACGUCGUAGAAGUAGUGCAACAAGAUCCAAAUAUAUCUGGCGGAUACCGAAUUAAAGUGUUCUGUACAGCUACGGACCAGAAUGACCCUUCAUCAGAGAGAGCUGUUACUUGGGGAGGCGGCGUACGUUUCGAUGAGCUUGACUAUGACAGCAGUUGUGAAUUGAGUGAUGGCAAUCGAUUUCUCAAAAAGCAAUAUUUAAUGGAUCGUCUUGUACCAUUUCGUAAUUAUUUGCAUGAGUAUGGCUUUUCCUAUAAUUUUCAUGUUAUAGUCACCCAGUCGGUACCGAUACCUGAGCAUCCUAAGCUAUCUGCAUCUGGCCCUGCCCGCCUGUCAAAGAGUCUGUGUUCCUUAUUUAACUCGGGGUUAAUGUCAGAUGUUAAGCUCUGUUCAGAGGGGCAUGAGAUUGCUGCCCAUCGUAUUAUCCUGGCUGCUCGCAGCGAGUACUUCAAAGUUAAGUUCAAGCCGGAAUGGGAUGGAGAUAGCGUUGCUAUCGACCUACCUUUACCAGUCCUGAAGGAGAUGAUCAAUUACAUCUACACGGGGGAUCUUGGGGAUGAUGUUGAUAUGAUCAAGCUUCUCAUAGCUGCAGAUAGGUACUUGGUCACAGAUUUGUGUGAUGAGAUAACAGAGCGACUUCCACAGAGUUUAGUUUCUCAGAACAAACCUGCUGCAUCAGUCUUCUGUGACUUGUUGAAAACUAGUGUAAUACUAAACAGCAGUCCGUCACUCAGAAGCAUUGCCCUUCAGUUCUUUAAAUCCCAUCGUGAUGAGGUGCUGCAGUCUAAAGAUUGGGCUGAAUUCCAGGCAGACAACCGCCAGGUGGCAGCUGAAUCCCUGUUAGAUAUGUAUAACCUUCCUGAUUAGCAAGAAUUUAUUCUUGGAAUAAAUCAAUUUGCAUAUGAGAUUGAAAAUCUUUCAUCAAGAUCUGUUUGCAAAGUCACAAUAAAAUAGUCAUGAGAAAUUUA